AUGUCAGGUAAACUCGGCAGCCUUAAGACGCAGAUGGCGCACAACCAGUUCCUGUCUGCGCUUGGCAACAAAGAUAUCAAGGUGCUCCAGGACGUCAUCACAUCCGAGAAAGUUUCCAUGGCGAGGGAAGUUGAGAAGGUGGCUGAGAAUCUCAAGAGCUGGGGAUGGGGAGAGGGUGAUGAUCUCAAGGAUGUCUGCGGGGCUGCUUCCACCCUCAUUCACCACUUGGCUGCUGCCACCUCCACUGCCGCGUCCUACCAGUCAAAGAUACGCGAGCAGUUCAAGCGCAUCCGCACGCGCGAGGAGGAGCUCGACGACGUCAAGAAGCGCAGGAAGGCUCUCGCUGGCAAAAUCGAGUCGGCCGAGAAGAAACUCGCAAAGAUGAACACUGAGAAUAAGAACCUCCCGCAGCAGACGCAGCUUCUCGAGAGUUUCCGUCAGCAGGCGUCGGAGCUUGACGUAGAAGUGCUUAACUCCGAGGCGGUGCUUUGGGACUACAAACGCGCAACAACAAAGACGGCACUAGGAUACAAAUUCUGCAGCCUCGUCGAAUAUGCUGAGAAAGUGUCGAUCGUUGGUGAAAUGGGAAAGUUGCUUUUAGAGGAGAUACAGCUCGAAUCGUCCUCCCCGGGACAGCCACAUCCUGUUUAUAGCGGGAGUGAGCAAACGGCUCAUAUAAUAGAAGAGGCAGAGAAGGCUCUUGCUCAAGUUUCCUUUGGACCACUUCCUCUUACAUCUCGACCACCUGAGCUGGAUGUCUCAGCCAACGACUUUGCACCACGCAUCGACAGCCGCGAUGUAAACCUCGCAGACACAGUAGAUUCCGCUUUGAAAGCGGAUGUAGAAGCUGCCGCGGCUGUUGACGACUUGCCGCAAGUUGCACCAGAAACCAAGCCGUGGAUGGGUUACCACACAGCAUCGGCAUCACUCAACUCUGUUGACAGCAAUGGCGAUUUCCGCACCAGCAACAACCCCAACGCAUACAGUAAUGCGUAUGAUGAAGCCAAGUCUCAGUCACCCCCACAGCCACCACCGCUGUUGCACAUGGAUCAAAAGCCGCGUGGCAGCUUUAGCUCCGAAAAAGACGACACACCCCUCUACCACCACCACACACACAGUUCCCCAGUCCCCUCAGCUAACUCUCUUAGACGCGCGCGCGGCGAGAACGCACAGUAUGACUACGACAGCAGCGCUUUCUUUGCGCGUAACCACGCCGGAGGAUACAAUGAUGCACCUGUGUGGGGAGGCACAGGCGAAAGUGUAGGCGGGGGCGUCGGCGCGAGCAGCGUCACUCCCGCACCUAUACUCAACACUAAACCGAGCGUCAUACUCGUAGGUGGGGAAAGUGAGCGUGAGAGUGAGUAUGUGCAGCCCAAUGCUCCCGAAGCCGAGAAUGUAACGCCGCCUAAUCUGUCGAGUGUGGAUGUAGGUGGUGAAGGGGAGAGGGAGAGUGGUGUUGAUGCACCGGGAUACUCACACACACACCCACACACACAUCCACACUUACACCCGCACUCAUACGAGGUAUCACAACCACACACCGCACACACUCCACAGGUGCACUUCGCCCAGCCAGACAGCCCCCAAGUAGACAGGCGAGAAGGAGCCAUACAUGGAAUCGGGCUGGAAGAGGAGGAGGAAGGGGAGUCGCGCGAGGCGUCACCGCUGCCUCCUGCUUAUAACUACGGUUACAACUAUAACGAGGGGCACACUCACAGAGGUGACUCGAACUACAACAACCAAUACAACGACCAGUAUGAAGACAGUGCUCCUGCUCCUGCUCCUGCUUUUGCUCUCUCAGACGCAUCCUCACACGCGCAAACACACUUGGCGGACGACAUACCGAGAUAUCAGCUCAACGAGGCGCCAUAUACCUUAGAUGAGAGAGUUGACGGGAGUGGGAUAAAGAGGGAGGUGGAGAGAGACGCAGAGGUAGAGAGAGCAGCCCUGCCAGCCCCGCCAGCCCCACCUAAGGAAGAUGGUGGUAUGGAGAAUUCCCACUCAUACCGCACAUUUGCACCGUCGGAAAUCACUUCCCCACUGAUCAACCCGUAUGAUACACCACCAGGAGGAGUUGCGAAUGCACCAAUGCAGAUGUAUGAUUCGCCGUAUGCGAAUGCAAAUGCACACACGUACACAUACACACAUUCACAGAACAACUCGCCCCACGUCACUUUCUCCCCUCCAAUGCACCAUGGUGGAACCAGCCCUCGCACACUCACCGCGGGCGCUUUCAAGAGAGGCAAUCGAGACAGAGUCAGCGACAGCCCAUCAAGCGACAGUACAGCGCCACUAAAUAUAAACAAGCGUAUGGACUCCAUGCCUCAGCCACCGCCUCGUGGUGAUAGCCUGACGUAG